AUGUCGGGUUUGUUUCUGGGUGGAGUGUGUGGCCGAGAAGACUUGUGUGUUAAGAGGAAACUCAUUUGCCAGUCAAACGGGGAAGAAAAUAGCCAUUCUGCAAAGAUCGUGAGCUUUGAGCCCAACUGUGUGCUUUACGAUGACAAAGCAUCUGAAAUGCCACAUACAGAUCCAGAUUUGUCAAGUCUGUACAGAGGAGGGUUUGCUUCUCCAAUUGGGUAUCUUUUAUACCAGGCUGGUAGUGAGCAAGUACGCUUGGAGAAGAAAGGCAUUGAUGUGAAGAAUUUGCCCUCUGCCCUGUCCAGCCCCCAGCCCACCAAUGAGCCCAGCUCUCUGCCUGCUGAGUCCAGCCUCCACCAAGUUGCAGAAUCAACCACUCUCCCCUUUGAGGAGUCAGGCACUUUGCCCACUGAGGUUAAUGGGAAACUGACUGAGUCCAGCCCCCAGCCUGCUAAGGAGUCUAUCACUAUCUCAGCUGGGGAGUCAAACUCUCUGCCUGCUGAGGAGUCCAGCCUUCACCCUGUUGCAGAGUCCAGCCCCCAGCCUGCCAAGGAGUCCAGUGCUAUCCCAGCUGGGGAGUCUAGCUCUCUGCCUGCUGCGGAGUCCAGCCCCCAGCCUGCCAAGGAGUCCAGUGCUAUCCCAGCUGGAGAAUUUAGCCUUCUGCCUGCUGAGUCCAACCCCCACCCAGUUGCAGAGCCCAGCACUCUCCCCAUCGAGGAGUCAGGCACUUUGCCCGCUGAGGUUGAUGGGAAGCUCACGGAGUCCAGCCCUCUGCCUGCUGAGCAGUCCAGCCCUCACCCUGUUGCAGAGUCGAGCCCCCAGCCUGCCAAGGAGUCCAGUGCUAUCCCAGCUGGGGAAUCUAGCUCUCUGCCUGCUGAGUCCAGCCCUCACCCAGCCGUGGAGUCCAGCCCUCACGCAGCCGUGGAGUCCAGCCCUCACGCAGCCGAGGAGUCCAGCCCUCACGCAGCCGAGGAGUCCAGCCCUCAGGCAGCCGAGGAGUCCAGCCCCCAGCCUGCCGAGGAGUCCAUUGCUAUCCCAGCUGGGGAAUCUAGCUCUCUGCCCGCUGAGGUUGAUGGGAAGCUCACGGAGUCUGGCCCUCUUCCUGCCGAGGAGUCCAGCCCUCACCCAGUUGUGGAGUCCAGCCCCCAGCCUGCCGUGGAGUCCAGCCCCCAGCCUGCCGUGGAGUCCAGCCCCCAGCCUGCCGUGGAGUCCAGCCCCCAGCCUGCCGUGGAGUCCAGCCCCCAGCCUGCCGUGGAGUCCAGCCCCCAGCCUGCCGUGGAGUCCAGCCCCCAGCCUGCCGUGGAGUCCAGCCCCCAGCCUGCCGUGGAGUCCAGCCCCCAGCCUGCCGUGGAGUCCAGCCCCCACGCAGCCGAGGAGUCCAACCCCCACCCAGUUGCAGAGUCCGGCACUCUCCCCAUCAAGGAGUCGGGUGCUUUGCCUGCUGAGGUUGAUGGGAAGCUGACUACGUCCAGCCCUCUGCCCGCUGAGGAGUCCAGCCCUCUCCACCUUGAGUCAGAAUAUUUGCCCACUGAGGUUGAUGGGAAGAAGCUGAAUGAGUCCAGCCCCCACCCUACUGAGGAGUCUAGCCCUCACAAUGUUGCAGUGUCUAGUCCCCACCCUGCCAAUUAUUCCAUCUCUCAAAGUGUCAUUACUUGCCUGCUUCAACCAAGAUGUGCUUAUGCACUGAAGUCUUUUAGUAAGUUUCUCUAAAAAUCUCUAAAUGUGGCAUUUUCACGUCUUGUGUUUUUAAGUCAAUAAAACCAGUUAUUUUUCUGGUAAA